AUGAAGUCAAAGUUGAAAAUGCAAGAUAAUAAUAAUGAAUCAAGCAAUUUAGAAUAUGAUACUGCUAAAGAAAAACCAGAUAUUUAUUUUAAAAAAAUUAAAAAUCUAUAUAUUAAUAGAAUAGCAGAAGCUGGAAAAUUUAAUGAAGAAAAGAUUAUUAAUAUUUACAAAAGACAGUUAGCUUUAAAGGAUAAAUUAAAGCAUGAAACUAUAGAAAUUAUUAGAAAAGAUCAAAUUAAUAUAAUUAUAGAAAAAGAAUAUAAUGAAAUUAUAGAUUAG